UUCUCCCUUCCCUUCCCCUUCCCCCUCGCGAUUCUUCACUUCCAGAAACCGAAAUAUACAUACAUACAUACAUAUAUAUAUAUAUAUAUUUUUUCAUUAAUUAGAGUAAGAAAAGAAAAGAAAAAAAACAGAAACCUUCUAGUUUAAACGCACGCUCUCGUCCUGCGUCAGAGAAAUAAACGGCCAAAAAUGAAUCCUUCCCCGUCCAAGGGCAAGAAGACCAAGCAAUCCUCCUCUUCCGGCCAGUCACCGGAGUCCUCUGGCAGGUUCCUAGGCGUCAGGCGGCGCCCGUGGGGCCGUUACGCAGCUGAGAUACGCGAUCCGUCCACCAAGGAGCGCCACUGGCUGGGCACCUUCGACACGGCCGAGGAGGCCGCUCUGGCCUAUGAUCUCGCUGCCCGGUCCAUGCGAGGACCGCACGCCCGCACCAACUUCGUCUACUCGGACUCCCCUGCUGGCUCCUCUGUCACCUCCAUCCUCUCCCCUGACGAGGCUCCCCACUAUCACAAUGCCAGCAACAAUGACAGCAGUGGCCUCUCCUCCAUCUACUCGACCGUCACUCCCGACCCGGACCCGCAUCAGUUCCAAGGCGGGUUCGCUGAGAACGUGUGGCCUGCUGAUAAGGGCAGCUCAUCCUACGAGCUCCCGCCCUUUCCUUCUGAUAUGUCGGAGUAUUCGGGCAAUGCUGGGUCUGGCUGGGGACAUAAUGCAGAACAGGGGACGUGGGGAAACACGGGCAGCCUGGCGUGCUAUCACGACCCAAGCAGCGGGUUCUCGGAUUCGACGGCUGGGUUUGACUCCGGGUCAGGUGGGUCGUACUUUGGGUUCGAGUCAAGCGGUGAGUACGUGCACAGUCCACUCUUCAGCCAAAUGCCGCCCGUUUCGGACUCCGGGCCAGACGGGUUCAACUUGGGCUCUUCUUCUUACUUCUUUUGAGCCCUGCCAUGCAGGUCUUCACAGGCCAGUCCAUCAGGCGACGAUCAAUCUGGGUCCGACCAUUUCACAAGUUCACUGGAGAAUCUGUACUCAGCAUUUCGGCUUUUGAUUAUCUUAUCAGGUUUGAAAUCAUGGAAUAUAUAUAUAUCGAUCACUUAGCCUCAGAGCAUGGGCUUAUCCCGUGGCGCGCAUGAGGUCACUCUUUUUUCUUUUUUCUUUCCUUUAUUUUUUGUUAUUAUGAGCAAAAACGUCGUACCAGAAAUGAGUCCAUCGUUCGUUCGGUCGACGUAAUGUAACAUUAGUUACACCAUUUGAAUCAUGAGAUUGAAUUUGCUCCAGUGACAC